AGUUCAACGUGCAGUUGAUAAUGGCUGAGUCACAUUUUCAGUGAGUCGUGAGUGGUGUAGAGGUUAAUUCAAACAUUUCUUAUUGUUUUCGUUCAAAUAAACUCCAAUUCUUUAAUCCUUAAUACAUCUAUAUCUUCAAAAUGGUAUAAACUAUUAUAUAAACAGUAAUUAGUGUUUCAUAGAAUGCAGUAACUCAACCGAUAUAACAAACUGCCCACCGGUGUUUUGACAGUUCAUGAUUGUUGAAUACUUGUGUAAUAAUAAAUUGUAUUGCAAUAUUGAUUUUCAAAGUGAUAUCAAAAUUAUAAAUGUGUUUUAGAAAUACGAUGCCUCGAAAUAAUAUGCUUGCUUGCUUUCUGGAACAAAUUAAGGAUAUCUGACCUGCCUUGAGAUGGCAGCAGUCUGCUGAGAGAGAUGGAACGAUGGUGAUGUCACCGUCGAAGAAGCCUGCUAAAAGACGAAGAAGGGAGAUACAAUAGUUGGGAAAGGGAGUGAGACAGUAGUAUUUCGGCAUCAUUGAUAAUCAGGAUCAAGUGCGCUACCAGAUUUUAUUAUAACUAAUAAAAACGAAAUUUCAGUGUGUAACUAAAGGACAGUCUGUCUAGUAUAAUAUAGGUGAAUCAAAUACUUCCUUAAUCAUACUUAAUCAAAUACUUGAAGAUUUGAUUCAACUUAUCUCUCAACAGCUAUAAAGUGAAUUCGGUUUUUUAAAGCUGCAAAAACAUAUCAAGUUCAGGUUCAAUAAGUUACCCAAUCAAAUCCUGAAAAUUUCCCCGACUAGUUACCGAAUCGAAACUACCUCAUUAACCUCUCCAGUUCUAGAAUUAUUUACGGUUUACCUGUGUGCAAACAUUUUGUCCAGUUUUUAUAAACCUUCAUUGAUCUCCUCUCCCACUCACGUACAACAGUGUUCAAAUGCUCAAAUUAGUUUUAUUUUAAAAAUCGAUCGAACGAAACAUCGAGAUAUUCUUGUGCAGUGUGACUGUUGAAAAGAGACGGUUGAACUCUUGUCACUUGGUGUCACGUCUGUGAAAGUUCUAAUUUACAAUAUUUUUUUAUUUUGGUUGAUACUGAACCUGAUUAGUUAUUCUGGUUAAUUUUAUUAAGUCUUCUGGUUAAUUUUAUUUCAAGUUACAGAAUUGAUCUAUUGUCAAUUCUUCUAAUCUCCUCUUUAAAAGAGAGACUAAGAGACUAUUUUAGAGACUCAGAAGAAUAAACUAGAUCUCUGUCAAUUAGAGAUCAUCACAAAUAAACUUCAAAUACUUUUCCGUCGAUACUUAAUAAUCGAUUAAAAUUUCUCUAUUGGGAGAAUUGAAUUGAUCUCUGUGGUCAGUGUUUUCAGUUGUUGAAACUUGAAAUUAUCGAUAAUUCAUCAGGAAUAAAUCGUUCUCAAAUACAUUCCGUCGGUCGAUAAUCGAAACAGUUGACUGUUUUCCGUCGAUAGUUGAUCUGUAGUAAGGAAUUGAUUCGUCCAUACCUUUAGUGGUGAUUGCAAGAGUUUUCUGUCGAUAAUUGACUUAUCGAAACUCGUCAGGAAUUGAUCGUUCUUGAAUACGUACAGUCGGUGGUGAUUGGAAAGAAAUCAGUAAUUUUUGAUCGGCAACAAAAUGUUGUGUUUGAAGAAAGUGUACCGCGAUGAACUCCUUCAGAUCGCGAUCCUCCUGAGUCUGUUGCGCGUCGACAGAAACGCACACCUCUACGACGGAUACGAUCUGCCGGCGAUCGGCGUCGGAAUCGACGACUUGGACGUGAUUCACGAAUCGCCGCGCGGCCUCGGCGAGAUUCGCGUGCAUCCCAAGAACCUAGACUCGAUUCUCAUCAACCACGAACAGCGCGUUUUCGACGAACUCAACUCCCUCGGACGCUAUAACAGGAUAAACGCGCUCCAUCAGGAUGUCACCGCUUACCUGCUGAAUGUGGACGGCGAGGAUGGUGUCCCACCCGGAGACCAGGACACCGCCUCCAAUGACACCGUCACCCCACCGUCGCCGCCUCCGCCGCCUCUCGAGCCGGUCCUGCUGCCGCCCCCGGAACACCACGAUCCAAGGCCUUCUUGUUCGCCCAUACUCUCCAAGCAUGAAAUCGGCGAAGAGGAUCUGACACAAGAGGACAUGGCAUUGAUCGAGAACUUAUGGAGCCAGGAUGUAGACAUGGAGUCCGUCGCAGAACCUUCACCCGAUACAGAGAGUGGCUGUUCUAAAGAUUCUCCAUUUUUCGGUGCUAUCAAGCCAUGUCCAACGGAAGAAGAAGAUCCUUUGGCGAUGCGCGUGAAGCAGGAAGUGAAAGACGAAGAGGUGUCAGACGAAGAGGGAGAACUGAUGCCUUGGGUGGGCGUCGAUCUCGGAUAUCCAUCGGCAGCUCUCCAUCAUGAUUUGGUGAAGGACGAGCCAGAGGGGAGCAAUGAGGGGGAAGAGAGGGAGGGGGAGACCAUCCCUCUGAUCGAGGAACCUGACUUCUCUCUCGCCGAAGCACUCGAUCUCGUUGGCUUGGAUGAAGACACCUUCAAUUUUGCCGAUUCCAGAGACCGAGACGAGGUGUUGUCUUCCCAGUUUGGCGCUGCCAGUCGCAAGUGUAGCGAGAGCAGUGGUCGGGGAAGUAGUGGUGAAGAGGAGGAGGACGACUGUGAGAGGAGGAGGCGUGGAGAGGAGAGUGGCCAGGACGGAGGCGACGAAGAGGAGGAGGAGGAGGAGAAGAAGGAGAAGGAGGAAGAGACCGACACGGGGUUUGCGUCUCCGUCAGUGUCGUCCGACGACGAUCUCGACGAAUUGAGCGAUCUUCUGUUCGGCAUGAUUCAGGCGCCGUCGCAGUACCACCAUCCGCGCUCCUUUCAGGGGCGGAUGCCAUAUGUGCGAACGAUGAGCAUGGAGCAACGCUGGCAGGACUUGGCCAGCCUUUUGAGUCUUCCAGACCCCAACCACCCCUAUCAUCAUCACUACCACCCCCACCCCCACGGGGGCCAUCCUCAUCACCCUUAUCCGGGCAGCCCCGGCGGUUACCCGCAUGCGGAGGCGGCAAGAACUUCCGCUUCAGCCUCUGGAGGCGGCGGGAAUUCUGUGUUACUCUCAAACGCCACUCUGCCGCCCCCGGCUCUAACCUCUGCUGACGUUCUCAACGCCUCCGCGGCGUAUCCCUCUCUAGGAAGCAAUGGCAACUUUGGAUCAGCUGUUGCGACGUCGAUGAAUUUGACGAAUAGUAGUGAGCCGACGGUCAGUGAGGCGACGGGAAGCUCUUUCAAAAUGGAGAAUCACGAAUCACUCUAUUACUCGCACCCCAUGUGUGCCUCCGAUUCGGGAAAUAACACAAGUGAAAUGAAUCACACAACAGAUGGCUUCCUAUCCUCGAUAUUGAAUGAUGAGGAUAUCCAGUUGAUGGAUAUGGCGAUGAAUGAAGGCAUGUACACAAUGCGGAUGCUGGAGGGUGGUGGAGCCGGAAGUGGCGCUGGAGGGAGCCCAGUGGUGGGGAGCUGCGGAGUGCCCGGGGGUGAGAGGGGAGGCACAGACUCGGACAGCGCUGUGUCGUCGAUGGGCUCAGAGCGAGUUCCUUCUCUGUCAUCGGACACUGAGUGGAUGGAGACCAAUUCAGACUCGGGACAUACGCCCGGUGACCACUACUCUGAUUACCACAGUAAAUACCGUUGGUACGACUACAGCUACCAGCCAAACCGACAUCACUCGGGCGCUUCGGAUGUCGGAAGUGGAUCUAGUCGCAGCAUGCAUCCGGUGGCUCAGAAGAAACAUCACAUGUAUGGAAAACGAUUCUUUCAAGAACAAGGAACCAGUGCUAGCAGCCUGCUUGGUCACGCGUCCGGUUCGUUCGCGGGUGCCGCUGCGGACUGCGGUUCGGGUGCGGGAGCGGGAGCCCUGCCUCCCCACUACCCCAUGGUGGCGGGGGACCCAUCCAAGCAGCCGUCGCAUCCCGAAAUGAAGUAUAGCUGUAGUCUGGAGUUCUCCCGACAAGCCAUGGGCAUGAUGAGGACUCCGAUGGAGCAUGUGGCUCACAACCACACCUACCACCUCCCACCCGAGCAGACGGGAGUCAUGCAGAGGCCCAUGUCCAGGGAGAAACUCAGAGGUAAGAAGGCCGAAGACGAGCACCUGACAAGAGACGAGAAGCGAGCCAGAGCACUGAAUGUGCCCAUCACAGUCAGCGACAUCAUCAACCUGCCCAUGGAUGAGUUCAACGAGAGACUCUCCAAGUACGACCUCAGCGAAUCACAACUCUCUCUCAUCCGAGACAUCCGCAGGAGAGGCAAGAAUAAGGUUGCGGCGCAGAAUUGUCGUAAACGCAAAUUAGAUCAAAUAAUGAGUUUGGCAGAUGAAGUGAAGGAGAUGAGGGACAGAAAACAGAGGCUGCUCAGAGAACACGAAUUCCUAAUCGCCGAACGGCAGAGAGUCAGAAGCAAAUUCAGUCAGCUUUACAGGCACAUCUUUCAGGCACUGAGAGAUGCAGACGGCAAUCCGUACUCGCCGUACGAGUGGAGUCUGCAGCAGGCGGCCGACGGAUCCGUGAUGGUGGUGCCGAGGGGGGCAGAGGCAGGGCCCCUGCUGGAGCCCCCCGAUUCGCGACGUCCCCCCCGCCACAACAACAAGGAGCCCGAUCCUGACUCAACAAAGCAGUCUUAGUCUCUCUCUUACUCUUUCUCUCUCUCUUAAGACUGAUCGCGCUUCUUCCCAUCGCAAUCUUGAUGGCCAACAAUCAUUGAUUGGUGAAAUAAUGGAAAGACAUGAUUGUUCGACUCAGUUUACUUCAGAGUUGUAAACUUUGAUUGUUUUCAAAAUAAUUUGAUGUACUUAUCACCAGAUGCAUCAGUGAUUGUUGUUGUCGUGAAGUUGGACUGGUAUCAGCAUCGCUUCAUGAACAUAUUCAUGAACGUCAGUGUAUAUAAAAUCGUGAACUAUAUCCUAUUCAUGAACUUGGAUUAGCAACAAUAUUGUUUGAAUCAUCAGAUGAUAUCAUCGGUUGUUGUGUUCAUGAACUCAUGAACAUCAGUGUAGAUAAAAAUCGCAAACUAUAUUCUAUUCAUGAACUUGAAUUAGCAACAAUAUUGUUUAAAUCAUCAGAUGAUAUCAUCGAUUGUUUUAUUCAUGAACAUCGGUGUAGAUAAAAAUCGCAAACUAUAUCCUAUUCAUGAACUUGGAUUAGCAACAAUAUUGUUUGAAAUCAUCAGAUGAUAUCACCUGUUGUUGUAUGUAUUUGUGAACUUGAAAUGCGUCAACCUAGCUUGACUUUUUCAUCUACAUCAGUGUGUAUAUCAAAGUCACCUUGAUGUUACUGCACUUAUAACCACAAUUAGUGUGACAACUCAUUGAAAAUGAGUCUCGUCAACUUACAUUCAUGUGUUUAUGAACUUGAUGUAUACAUAAAAAUCUCUCGAUCUGAUUCACACAACAUCAGAUCUAGGUUCAUAUGUAUUUUAAUUGGCAUCAAUGCUGCUUGAUAGUUGAUAUCAGUAUUUGACAACAAGUGAUUAUGAAUAUGAUACCGUAUAUCAAACUUUACACUGGAAAUGAUUAAAUCAUAAAAAAACACUUCUGUUGUGGAUCCUAUUGAAUCCAUUGAAUGUAUCAUCACAUUCUCUAAAUAACUUAAUUUCAAGAUAGAUCGACAAUUUUUUUAAAAAUAUGAUUUAUAUUUUUCCCAACCGGAAUGUAAUGAAAUAAUUUAUGUUAAAAGGUGGCGUGCACUUGAUGAUUCAAGCUUGAAGAGAAAACAACUCGGAAUGUCUUUCUGAAUGGAACCUUAAUGGUGUUCUCGAAUUGGACCAUUCAUUUUCAGCCACCUUGUUACCCACGCACAGGUUUAAGAACCUUGUGGGCUUUAUGCUUGUAAUAGAAACAGCGUUACUAUUAUAAAAAUGCCUAACGAAAUAUUUUUCUCAGUGUUUUGGAUUGGCACGCAAAACCGUCGGUACAGGCUGCCUAAAAAAUGUAAUUGGUCAGGUGGAACCUGAAAAAUCCGACAUCAAACAGUCAGAUCACUCCAUAUUUAUUUUGCAAUUUACCAAAUUGUAUAUUUAUCUAGGAAAAAAUCCCCAAGUUUUUCAGCCUUGAUGGCCUUGGAAUGCUAUAAAAUUUUCCCGACUUCUUUGAGGUUGGAAUAGGACAGGAUCUUUAAAUUACCACAAUGAUGAAUCAAUUUAAGCGUAUUUUCUUGGAAUAUUAGGAAUGUAACUGAAUUACUUUCUAAGGAAUUAGAUUAGGAAAGUAAAUUGAAUGGAUUGAUUGAGUCAUGUAAUGUAAUUCUCCAUGUGUUAUAAAAAAUGAUAACUAGAUGGAGUAUUUUGAUAUCCGUAUUUUUGAAUAGAUAAUAAUAUGUCUAAGUAAAGUUGAUAUUUCAGUGAGAAUUAUUUAUUAAUUUGUAUAAAUUACCUAUGAAAGAUUAUGAGUUUUAAAAUAUUUAAAAUUGACUUGUUUCAUUUUCGAAUUUCAUCUUGAUUUUUCCUGCAGUUGAUUCUCUUUUAUUCCUCGCGAAAAUUUUAUUGUAAUAAUAACUGAUUGAUACGUUUGAUGAGUAAAGAAUACGCUAGACUAUAUAUCACAAUUAUUAAGAUGGUUAUUUUGAUGAAGUCCUACCCUAUUAGGCGUUCGAAAAGACCCUGCAAUUGAUAAUGUGUUGUGAGUCAGGCUUCAAGUAUGAAUACAAAAACAGCUUCAAAAAAUUGACUUAUUUUGUAUGUUAUAAGAUUAUAAAGUUCAAAUUUUAUUCAUCUUGAGUAGGAUUUCUGCACUUACAAAAAAUUACCUUUUCAAUACUGUAUUCCCAAAAUAAAAAUGUCUGAAAUGCUGAAUUCAAUCUGUUUUUUUUAAGAGAUUCAGUAGUUCUGGCUUUUAUGGAGUUAUUAUUCAUAAUAAAUUUUUAGGAGCAUUUCUUCCUAUUUAAGAAUCUAAAACUUAUCAACUCAAAGACUGUUACAUUUAAGACGAAUUCUCAGUAAAUACAUAAUUAUUUAUGUAAACAAUGUAUGUCAAGUUGAUACAUCGUGGUUUUGUACUAAGACAAGUCGUGCCUAAUUACUGAAAUUUUGAUGUUCAUACUCAUAACAUAAACUUAUUUUAUCACGAUAAAUGAAUUAGAUGGAUAAAUUGUAUUAUUUUUGUUGACUUGUAUUUUCUUUAAAUUGAACAAAAUAUCUGGAAGUUUAGUCAUGGUUGAUAUCAUUAUGAUUCGUUAUGAUAUAAGAGAAUAGUACAACAUUGUAUUUGAUUAUUUAUGUAAAUAUUUUUGUAAGAAAUAUUAUCCUAAGUACCGUAAGUGAUAGUUUGUAAGUGUGUAAAAAACGUAAAUUAUUACCAUACAUUUCAACAUUGUAAAUUACAAGAAUUAUUAUAUUGACUGUGUAAAUUAUUUGAGGUGCUUUAAAGUUUACUUAUGUGCAAGCAAGUCCUUUACUUUCGAUAAUUUUCAAGUAAUUGUUCAAGUUGUAUACGUGUAUAAGAACAAAUAGCAUAAAAAAUGUUUGCAUUACCAUGAUACUCACCAUUUAUAACAGUUAUAAAUAUGUAUUAAUAUUUCUAUCAUUUCCCUUACUGUUAUGAUUUUGUAGAAAUUGUUAUCUUUCACAGGUAAUGAAUUCCUCAAACUAUUAAAAGAAACAACUUUGAAUUGUCACUACUAUUAAUUUAUUAAAAAAUUGUGAAUUUGCUCAUUGAGAAAAUUUUUAGUUUUUCAAGUAAUUGUGUUGUUUAAUAUAAGUGUCAUGAGGUAAUAAAUUACCUCCACUACAACACAUACUUAAUGUAAAUUAUCAUCAAUCAUACUUUUGUAACCUCAAAUACCAUUUUCAGAUGGAUUAGAUGAAAAUGAAGGAUUUGUUUGCCAUUUUUCUGUUUUGUUUACUAAUGCUUUCCAUUAUUGAAGAAAGGACCUGGUAGAUUAGUUAGUUCUUUUUCUAAUGGUAUUUGGAUUUCAAGUUGUACUAUAGAGUACUUAUAUAGUGUAAUAUUUUAUGUUGUAAACUGCGUUUAAUGAUUUGUAAAUGUCCGUUGUAUUUAAGUCAUAAUUGUGUGUUAACACCACUAAAUUGAGAGUGACAUUUAUUUAACAAUGUUCUGAACGCUUCAAAGCAAAAACUGGAACGCGUUUCACUGUGACUAUGCUAUUCCACUAUCAUCAAGUUUGAUAACUGUGAUUUUUCAUACAAUUAACGAUAUUUACAUACCUUAGUUAAAUUAUUUUAUAAUCACAGUCAAGAUUUCUUUCAUCUGCGAUUUUAUUUGUAUAACUCAUAAGGAAAUCAACAAUAAUAUAGAUAAACAAUCUGCAUUGAAUCCUUAGAUUUUUCCAAAAUUAGCUUGAUUCGCGUUUGUAUUAACAUUGUAGAAUAAGGCUUUAUUCUACACACUUGUUAGAAACACGAAAUAAUUUGUUUUUUAAAACUGUGAUGUUCAUGUACAAAUUUACCAUAGAGAAAUACAAUUCACAGAUCACGUGAGCAGUGCACGAUUCGACAAAAUGAUCACUCAGAGGAGAAUUAUUAUUAGUUUCGUGUAAAUAAAAUUAUUCAAUAUGAAUAUUCAAACAAGUGCUGCCAUAGCAACCUCCAAUACAAGGACGCGGCCAGCGAUAUUGCAACGUUGCAGCGUAGGCCUAGAAUCUAAUACAUGAUUGGUGAAAAGAUUUAAGAAAAUGCCAGCUGAUCUUUUCCACCAAUCAUGAAUUAGAUGCUAGGACUACAACGCUGCAACGUUGCAAUAUAGUAGGCCGCGGCCUUGUAUUAGAGGUGGCUAUGGUACUGCUCAUCUGAGUUUUAUUUUUCUCUAAAUCCAAAUCAGUAUUAUUGUCCACAUCUCAUAAACGUUAAUUUAUGAUAUCAUGUUCCAUUUUUCAGAACGCAAUUCAAAAUAAACAUAGUCUGUAGGGUUUUAAUGAGUAAGGUGAUUUUACAGAUUUGAUUUCAAUAUUAAAUUGCUUGGUGUAUGGAUUAGACGUUUUCACAGUUCGAACAUGACUCAAGGCAUCUAAUGUUAGCAUCUAUUAUUCUUUUUUAUUCAUAGAAUUAAAGGAUUAAAGUAUUGGUUGAUGUGUUUAUAACAAUAAUUAUAUUAUUCAUAUUUAUUGUGUGGAGUAGUUGGUUCAUAAGUUGAAUGAAGACACAGUCUGAAUAGUAUUUCAUUUUAAUUUUUAAUAUCUGGCAAACUAGAAGAAUUAUGCUCAUUUUGAUUAUUUGACAGUUCGAAAUUUGUUGAUGAAAUAAUUUCAAUCUCUUGAA